CAUCCCCUAAAAUUCCUGAGAAGGAGCACUGUGGUCUGGGGUACCAGGGCGGGGCUGACCGAGGGUCUUUCCACAGCCGCCUGCCAGUGCUCGAGGCUGAGCCCCCAAAAAAGGACGGACUGUGGCUUCUCUGGCAUCACCAGCGACCAGUGCUUUGACAAAGGAUGCUGCUUCGACUCCAGUGUCGCUGGGGUCCCCUGGUGUUUCGAACCCCUCCCGAAGCAAGAGUCAGAGCAGUGCGUCAUGGAGGUCACAGACCGAAAAGACUGUGGCUACCCAGGCAUCAGCCCCGAGGAAUGCGCCUCUCGGAACUGCUGCUUCUCCAACCUCAUCUUUGAAGUGCCCUGGUGCUUCUACCCGAAGUCUGUGGAAGGUAACGUGUCUGUGGGACGCGCCCUCUGGUUCCUGGACACCAUGAUUCCUCCUCCGUCCCUAGAGGUGGGGUGCAGGGAGGGCAGCUGCCUCGCUUCCUCAACGCCAUCGAGGCCAGGGCCCCUGCCUCCUAUGGGAUUCUGA